AUGGGCUUCGCCACCUUGCAGAAACGCGCUGUUUCAAGGCGUGGUUCUUGGAUCAAUUUGGGGUCCUUCAUGAUGGCAAACAACCUUAUCCUAGUUCAGUUUCUACAUGGGCUCGACCUUCAAGUUGUAGAGAAUGUGGAAGAAGUUGAGUUUAUUUUGGCUCAUGGUACUGAAGCUUUGGGGCUCCCUUCUGGAGAGGCACGUCCUACUAGUCUUGAGGAUCUCGAAAAAAUAUUGGCACUUUGUGCAGUUAAGAAAAUUCCAAUGAUUGUAGCCAAUCCAGAUUAUGUGACUGUAGAGGCUAGGGCUCUGUGUGUUAUGCUUGGUACUUUGGCAUUCAAAUAUGAAAAGCUUGGAGGUGAAGUGAGAUGGAUGGGCAAGCCUGAUAAGUUGACUUCGCUUUUACACAUUUCUAAUAUUUCAUCAGAUAAUAAACAAAUUAGCAAUGAACAUGUCGGUGUUGAUGCUAGCAAUUCCAUUGCCGUGGGCGAUUCCCUUCACCAUGAUAUUAAGGGAGCCAAUGUAGCUGGAAUCCAGUCAGUAUUUACCACUGGAGGAAUCCAUGCAAAUGAACUUGGACUGUGUAGUUUCGGAGAAGUUGCAGAUUUAUCUUCUGUCCAAACUCUUUCAUCAAAAUAUGAUGCAUAUCCAUCAUACGUGUUACCAGCAUUCAUAUGGUAA